GUGAAUUGCAAUGGAAGGGGGAGGGGCAACAGGCGUCGACCUCAGCAGGAAGUUUGUGUCGGAAACUGAGCUUGAUGAGAAGAGGAAGAAGAGACAGGAGGAAUGGGAGAAAGUCAGGAAACCUGAUGAUCCUGAGGAGGCUCCAGAGGAGAAGUAUGACCCGCGUUCCCUCUUUGAGCGAUUGCAGGAGCAAAAAGACAAGAAACAAGAGGAUUUUGAGGAGCAAUUCAAAUUCAGGAACAUGGUGAGGGGAUUGGAUGAGGAUGAGAGCAGCUUCCUGGACGAGGUCUCCCGGCAACAGAGCCUGGUCGAGAAGCAACGCAGGGAUGAGGAGAAACAGGAACUGUUGGAAUACAGAAGUGCUAUAGUUAAGCAUGCGUCCACAGAAAGCCGCAGAGAGCCUGAGAAGAAGGUGGCCUCCAAACCAUCGGGGGUAGAGCAAAGGACCAGCCACCUGUCUCAGGCCCAUUUAUUGGCUGGAGCUGUAAAGAGACGCAGUUCCUCCCAGUCUUCAGACAGCAGUAAGAAACAGAAGGUGGAAAUCACAAAAACAGGAGUGACUGGAAAUGGAGACAGACAGACAGAACAGGAGGAUGGAGCAGGAGGAGCAGAGCGAGCUGAAGUUCAACAAACCGCCGUGACGGCUAAGACCACUUCAACCCCCCUGAGCUCCGAGCGAGGUGUGUUGCACCUGCCGUCAGCUGCCGUGUGCGUCGGCGUUCUUCCAGGACUCUGCGUUUAUUCCGGCAGCAGCGACUCUGACAGCAGCUCGGACAGCGAAGGUAGCGUGGACGCAAUUAUGUUGCCGUACCCCCGGCAAAGCAGGGCCCACAGAUAGACACAAACCAGCAUAUACACACACAUAUGCAGGUUGAGUACGUUUGCAAACCAUCAAAGUGGCUAAAAACAGAAAAGGAUAUGCACACAGAGACAGAUUUAAAGGUCAUAUGAACACACACACACACACACACACACACACACACUAUGGAUCCUACAUAGUUCUCCUACAGGCCAAACAAGUUCAUAACAUGUUAGUCAUACACCAGCAACACACACCCACACACACACACCUAGCAAAGAUUUUCAGUAAUCCUAUUGUUUUCAAAGCUGUAAUUAGAACUGUUUUCAGCCGAGUCGUAUAAUCCUCAUCAACAGUAAUAUUCAAACCAAUUUACAUUGUCCUUUUGACUUAUUCUGUGUAUCUAUUUGUGGUUUUUGUGGCACUCAAACAUGAUACCUCCACCCUUCCUUCCCUCAA